AUAGCGAAGCGAAGGGUAGUGGUUUUUAACUCUGUUUCUGUGCUUCUUAACUCUGUGUCUUCGCUCAUGAGAGAUGAUGGUUUGAUAGGUUGUUUCUUGAAGAGGAGAAGAUUGAGGAGCUUUGAUCCCAUGGAAGCAGAAUUAGCGAAGACCAAGCUUGCAGCUGUGGCAGAAGAACUUGGACGAGAAAUUCGUGUGUUUGAAACAUCAGCAACUUCUCUAAAUGAAUCUGCGACCAUGACAUUGAAUGAUGAUGAGUCUGAGGAUGAGUUCACAGCGGAGGAUUAUUUCCGGAUUUUGGCAACCAAAAAGGAAGACAAAUUCCUGAAGACCCGCAAAAUCCGAGAAGCAGAGGAGGCUGCUCGUAGGUCAAGAAUAACUAAGGCAAUAAUUCGGAUACGCUUCCCUGAUAAUUGCACAUUAGAGGUGAAGUUUCAUCCAUCAGAAACUUUGCAAAGUUUAAUUGAGCUUCUAAUGAAAGUGGUUGCCAGACCAGACUUACCAUUCUAUAUAUAUACAACUCCUCCAAAAAAGCAAAUGGUGGACAUGUCUCAGGAUUUCUACUCUGCUGGCUUUGUUCCUGGUGCAAUUGUAUAUUUCUCGUAUGAUCUACAGGAAGGGGACAAUGCUGCAGAAACUUCAGCCCCCUUUCUUCGAGAUGAGAUCAUGUGCCUCAAGGGCCUGGAUGUAUUUCCGGUACAGGCUGAAUCUGUCCAAUCUGCAGUGGAACCUGCAAUGGUGGAACCAUCAUCACCUGUUGUGGAAGAACGUAAAGCUGUUGGGAAGAAACCUGUUAAGCCAAAAUGGCUCAAAAUGUGAAAAAGCCUAUUGCAUAUGUAUAUAUGGGAUGAACUGAAACAGUCUAU